AGGAGCAGGAGCAGGAGCAAUCGCGCCGGGCGGAGCGUCGGGUCCCGCUUUCCUCCCCGGCGUCUUGAAUACAAAGAUUACGGUGCAGAAGGAAAUUGCACUCGCCUCCUCCGCCCCCCGGUACCCAACACAAUGCACCAGCCGCCCGAGUCCACCGCCGCCGCGGCCGCUGCAGACAUUAGUGCUAGGAAGAUGGCGCACCCGGCUAUGUUCCCUAGAAGGGGCAGCGGUAGUGGCAGCGCCUCUGCUCCCAGUGCAGCAGGUACCAGCGUCGGGAGUAAUGCCACAGCCUCCGAGGAUUUUCCACCGCCUCCAUCGCUGCUCCAGCCGCCACCUCCUGCAGCAUCCUCUUCAUCGGGACCACAGCCGCCGCCUCCACAAAGCCUGAACCUCCACUCGCAGGCUCAGCUGCAGGCGCAGCCUCUCGUGCCAGGAGGGACUCAGAUGAAGAAGAAAAGUGGCUUCCAGAUUACGAGCGUCACCCCGGCUCAGAUCUCUGCCAGCAUGAGUUCCAACAACAGCAUAGCAGAGGACACCGAGAGCUACGACGACCUGGAUGAAUCGCACACGGAAGAUCUGUCUUCUUCCGAGAUCCUUGAUGUGUCACUUUCCAGGGCUACCGACUUAGGGGAGCCGGAACGAAGCUCGUCAGAAGAGACUCUGAACAACUUCCAGGAAGCUGAGACACCUGGGGCUGUGUCUCCCAACCAGCCCCACCUUCCUCAGCCUCAUUUGCCUCACCUUCCACAACAGAACGUUGUGAUCAAUGGGAAUGCUCAUCCACACCACCUCCAUCACCACCAUCACAUCCAUCAUGGGCACCACCUCCACCAUGGGCACCACCAUCCAUCCCAUGCUGGUGUGGCUGGCGCAUCCAUCACUGGAGUACCACCCUCAAGCCCAGUGUCCAGAAAACUCUCUACAACUGGAAGCUCUGAAAGUGUUCUGUUGGCUGCACCAACUUCUGCUGUAUCAUCGGGUGGCUCACCUGCAUCUGUAAUGACUAAUAUCCGUGCUCCCAGUGCGACAGGCAGUAUGGGUCUCAAUGCUGUUACUGGCACCAAUACAAUGAAUAAUGUUAACGUUACUGCUGUGGGUAGUUUUAAUCCGAAUGUGACAAGCAACGUGGUUGGCAAUGCUAAUAUAAAUGCAAGCAAUAUUCCUAGUGCUACUAGUGUGAGUGUUGGGCCUGGAGUUGGCAGUAGCGUUAAUGUGAAUAUGUUGAGCGGUAUGGGUAAUGGUACGACUUCUUCCUCUGCUGCUGCUAACAGUGUCCCCAGUGCAGCUCCAGGGAUAACUGGGGGAUCACUUACCAGUCAGCAGCAGCAGCAGCAGCAGCAGCAGCAGCCGACAGUUAACACAUCAAGGUUCAGAGUUGUGAAGUUAGAUUCUAGUUCGGAGCCCUUUAAAAAGGGUAGAUGGACUUGCACUGAGUUCUAUGAGAAAGAGAAUGCCGUACCUGCUGCCGAAGGUGUGGUGAUCAAUAAAGUGGUGGAGACUGUAAGACAGAACCCAGUGGAAGUGACUUCUGAGAGGGAGAGCACUAGUGGGAGUUCAGUGAGCAGUAGUGUCAGCACACUGAGUCACUACACCGAGAGUGUGGGAAGUGGAGAGAUGGGAGCCCCUGCUGUGGUGGUGCAGCAGCAACAGCCACCAGCCCUUCCAGGUGUGGCCCUGCAACAGAUGGAGUUCAGUAGCACUGGUCCACAGAGUAUUUCAGCAGUUAGUAUACCGCAGAGUAUUUCACAGUCACAGAUCUCUCAAGUACAAUUGCCGUCUCAAGAACUGAGCUAUCAGCAAAAGCAAGGUUUUCAACCAGUACCUCUGCAAGCCACUAUUAAUGCUGCAACUGGUAUCCAGCCAUCCCCCGUUAAUGUGGUAGGUGUAACUUCCGCUUUAGGUCCACAGCCUUCCAUUUCCAGUUUGGCUCAACCCCAGCUGCCGUAUUCUCAGCCGGCUCCUCCAGUGCAAACCCCUCUUCCAGGAGCAUCCCCCCAGCAGUUACAAUAUGGACAACAGCAAUCAGCGGUUUCGACGCAGAUGACCCCCGGCCAUGGUAAAGCAGUGACACAAAAUCCUACAACUUCUGAGUAUGUACAACAGCCGCCGCUCCUUCCAACGGCAGUUACCUCUGGACAGCCCAGUUCUGCAGGAGUGGGAGCAGGAACAACAGUGAUUCCUAUGGCUCAACCACAGAGUGUCCAGCUGCCGCUGAAGCCUGCUACAGUCCAAGCACAACCUGCAGGGACAUCUGGCCAGCCUGCUGGCCAGGCUCAGACAGCAGUAUCUGCUGUACCUUCUGGCAGUCAGAUUGCAAAUAUUGGUCAACAAGCGAACAUACCGAUUGCAGUGCAGCAGCCCUCUACCCAAGCCACACCUUCAGUUCUUCAGCAAGGUGCUCCUCCAUCUUCACAAGUAGUUCCUCCUGCUCAAACCGCGAUUAUUCAUCAGGGAGUUCCAACCAGUGCUUCAAGCCUUCCUCAACAAUUGGUCAUUGCACCCCAAAGUACCUUGUUAACUGUGCCUCCCCAGCCACAAGGAGCAGAACCAGUAGCUCAAGGAGUUGUUUCGCAGCAGUUGCCUGCAGUUAGUCCUUUGCCCUCUGCUAGUAGUAUUUCUGUUUCUAAUCAGGUUAGUUCAACUGGUCCUUCUGGAAUGCCUUCUGCCCCAACAAACUUGGUUCCACCACAGAAUAUAGCACAAACGACCCCUGCCACCCAGAAUGGUAAUUUGGUUCAAAGUGUUAGUCAACCUCCAUUGAUAGCAACUAAUAUAAAUUUGCCUUUGGCACAACAGAUACCACUAAGUUCUCAGUUCUCUGCACAAUCAUUAGCUCAGGCAAUUGGAAGCCAAAUUGAAGAUGCCAGGCGCCCAGUGGAACCCUCCCUAGUUGGCUUACCUCAGACUACCAGUGGUGACAGUGGGGGAAUGUCAGCAGUCUCAGAUGGGAGUAGCAGCAGCCUAGCUGCCUCUGCUUCUCUUUUCCCGUUGAAGGUGCUACCGCUGACGACACCCCUGGUGGAUGGCGAGGAUGAGAGCUCCUCUGGUGCAAGUGUGGUAGCUAUUGACAACAAAAUCGAGCAAGCUAUGGAUCUGGUGAAAAGCCAUUUGAUGUACGCGGUGAGAGAGGAAGUGGAGGUCCUCAAAGAGCAAAUCAAAGAACUCAUAGAGAAAAAUUCCCAGCUGGAGCAGGAAAACAAUCUGCUGAAGACACUGGCCAGUCCUGAGCAGCUUGCCCAGUUCCAGGCCCAGCUGCAGACUGGCUCCCCCCCUGCCACCACACAGCCACAGGGGACCACACAGCCCCCCGCCCAGCCAGCGUCCCAGGGCUCAGGACCAACCGCAUAGCUGCCUAUGCCACGCAGAGCUGCUGCUGCUGCUGCUGCCGCCGGAACUGACCGGACCGAGAAGAUGGACUAGGGGCGGCCCGCCUCCACACUCACCCAUUUCAUUGCUCGCUGCGAAAGAGACGUGAGACUGACAUAUGCCAUUAUCUCUUUUUUCCAGUAUUAAACACUCAUAUGCUUCUGGCUUGAAGACAUUUCUUAGUUGGGUGACUUAAAGGUUGAGCAGAGAAUUAGCAUGGAUAUACUGGGACCUCAUGCAGCUUGGCAAAUCCGUGAGAAAUGGUUUCAUUCAUGCUGAGGAGCUGUGUGCCUUUCCAUCCCCUCCCAGGCCCCCACCCUCACUUCCAGGCCUUCCCUCCUGCUCGCAUGUAGUGUUCUACAUGGGGCUUUGAAGCCCGCGGGGGCCUCUCCCUUCUCCCCCUGGAGGAACUUGAAAGGGGGGUGAAAGUGAAGACUGAUGCAUAGUCUCACCUAAAAUGAGGGGAACCUUAGUUCAUCGUAUAAAUUGACGACUGUCACCAAAACCCAUUAAAAAAAAUAGUACUGUGCCUCUUUCUGAAAUAGUGGAUGACACAAAACUAUUAGAGUGACUACACGGUGACAGGUAGCUGGGACCCAGGCUAUCUUACCAUGAAGGUUGUUUUGCUUAUUGUAUAUUUGUGUAUGUAGUGUAACUAUUUUGUACAAUAGAGGACCUGUAACUACUAUUUAGGUUGUACAGAUUGAAAUUUAGAUGUUUCAUUGGCUGUCUAAAAAGGUGUGAAGUGUCUUUUAUAUAGGAGAUCUCAACAUUUUAAAAGAAAAAUGUUACAAGAAGAAAGCCACACCUAAAGAAAUUUUAAGAAUUUGGUACAGUUAGUCACUUUGUGUAAUCUAGCUGCUGAAUAUCUUGAAGUUAAAUCCCUGUUCACUGAUGUCUUUUGAUCGAGCUGGUUGAAUACUUUGAUCAGUUCUAGCUAAUGAAAUGAAUUUCCCAGUAGGGGCUUCUGCAUAUUACCUGUAUAGUAGUUAUAUGCAUAUGUUUCUGUGCAUGUUCUCUACACAGUUGUAAGGUGUCACUGUAUUUAACUGUUGCACUUGUCAACUUUCAAUAAAGCAUAUAAAAUGUUGAUAAACAAGUGUUUCCACAUUAUAGUGUUAACAUAAUUGCAGUCAUUUUCACAACUAUUUCCAAGUAAAGUUAAAGCAGUUUCAAUUUGACUAGGCAAAUCCUGAAGGUGGAGUUAAAAGAGCGGGACAAAGCCAGGGGUUCCAGUGGCUUGACUCUGGAGGUUGGCUGCGUUAUACCAGCCAACAUUUGAAAGAGACAGUGAAGGAGACACAGACUUAGUUCUUCAGGCUAGUUUUGUGACCUGGACCCGUAGCUUCACCCUUCAGAGAUGAUGUGGGUCAUUGAAGGAGAUGGCUCAAGAGUCCCCCUUUCCUCCAGUGACUUUCUGAAAGUCUCGGAGUCCAUGAAAGCUCUCAUCUUUGGAAGUUUACUGGCGGAGAGUUGAAUUGGUGUAUUUUCAUGUCUAAUCAAAAAGCCCGUACUGGAUCAAAAGACGGAAGUUGGAAAGAGAAGAUGGUAGUCACUUUGAGAGCUUGAUCACUUUGGGCUUGGAUCACUUUUCCUGGUGUGGAAUGAGUUUUCCAACUCUCGGGAUGGCCCAAGCGAAAACCAGAUGAUUCCAACUGAAUCACUCUGUGGGAUUUGAAAUGGGCCCAGAUGAGGAAGGGAGUCUCUCCCCGGUGGAUGCCUAAAAUUGUUUUUAAAAAGAAAAGGUGGGCAUUUGAAAUAUGCCCUAAAGCAAAUUGGUGCCUGGAGGUUGGGGAGGAGGAUGCCUUUCUGACUUAGGAGCUCUGCAGAGUAGGGGAGCUAAUGGGUGGAUUUACCAGCGCCCUUCUGACCCAGGAUACUGCAACAGCAUCUUCCACCUGGGGAAAAGCAGCACAUUCCUGAGCUGGAAGGUUUUUUAAGCCCUUGCUGGACAAGGACUUAACUUUCCUUGAAUUUUCUUUUUCUCUGCUCUUGAGCUGAUGGAGAGUGACAGGUGAAUGGAGCACUAGCCCUUUCUGUGAAGAACUGGACAAGGUGCCCACAUCAUCGAGCCCAAAACCACUGGCUCUGCAACCCUCAGUGGCUGUCACAAGAGCCAGCUGGCCACCAUAGGCUGGUGGCAGUUGCCAUAAGGAUGGUUUGGGGAUCUUGGGGGAAGGAGUUAAAAAAAAAUAGUCUCUGUCAAGGAGGGUAUGUGGCCCAAUGGUCAUUCUCAAAUUGAUGAGGCACUGGGUUCAACCCCUGACACUGAAAAAGCAAAAAAUAAAAACA